CUGGCUGGGUGUGCGCAGCCUGGGCUCGUACAGGCAGCUACACUGGGCCAUUCGCCAAGUGAAUUGUUCGCGGAGCAUUGGUCUCUGCCAGUGAGUCCUUUGAAUUCGCGGAGCAUUGUGCCCCGCUGAGAAUUCCUGAACGUGCAGAGCAUUGGCCUCUGCUAGGAGUCCUCAAUUCACGGAGCAUUGGUCUCUGCAGAGGAUUCCUCAACGUGCAGACCAUUGGCCUCUGGAAAAGAGCGUGAAUUUCCUUUGAAGUUUUGCUGAGGCCUUGUCACUCCUCCGUGACAUCCUCCCUUCAAAAUGGCUUCUGGAUUCCCAAAAAAGACACCAACACCUCGUCUUUUGCAGAGGGAAAGACUGCAGCCUAACACUCUGCUUCCCUCUAAGUUCCAGCAGGAGAAGUUUCCCAGCACGAAGAAGGAGGCCAGCACUGGGGGGAGGAUUCUGCCCAGAAUUGGCCCAUGGAUAGACCUGAGCAAGACUGGUCCAAAGCUGCCGUCAGCUCCCCCAAAGCAGAACUUGUUGCAGAUUUCCCCACCAGAGGUGAUAUUUCAGAACUUCAACAGUCAUGAUGUCUCUGAAAUGACAGUGUCUCUCAUGAAUGUGGACAAGUUUCCUCAUGCGGUGAAGGUCUCCAUGGAGAGAUCACCUUACUUCCAGGUCAUGGGCUCCAACGAUGCCUACCGUCUCCUGGUGCCGGCCGUGUCUGUCCCUGUGCGCAUCCGCUUCAGCCCCGGCGAGAACAAGGAUUAUUCCCACGAGCUGGUCUGUGUCACUGAAAGGGAAAGGAUAGUGGUGCCAAUUCGGGCCAUUGCUGCCCGAGCUAUCCUGGACUUCCCUGACCAGCUGGACUUCUCCACAUGUCCAGUGAAGUGCAGCACCCAGAAGACUCUGCUGGUCCGCAACACCGGGAACCUGGAAGCUCGUUUCCAGCUGAGCACCCAGAGGCAGAGUCUUUUUGGGCAGUCACAGAGAGAGCUGCGGCUGGAAAAAUUAAUGGAGGAGAAAGAAACAGGGAAGGAGAAGGGCUCUUGUGAAGAUCGUGCUGCCCUCCUGAGAGCCUCGGGGGAGAUGGCAAAGGUGCACCAGGACCCCAUGUUCUCUGAUGACGUUUCUGUCAUUGAGCCAAUGGAGGGAGAAAUCGAGCCGGAUGGUUUGGCCAAAAUCAAGAUGACUUUCAAACCCCUGGAAGCAGUGGAGUAUCAAAGUGUGGCUUGUUGCAGCAUCUCAGGCCGUGAGAGCAGGCUGCCCCUGCAGCUCAGAGGGGAAGGCCAAGGACCCUUGGUGGAGCUCAGCUGUGACACUCUGGAGCUUGGGGACAUUUUUGUCAACACCCCCCAUGUCUGUGAGACAAUAGCUCCCAAGAAGGGAAGAUUCCACAUGGAUUUCCACUUUGCUUUCUUGCUGCUGCAAGUGAACCUGAUCAACCAAGGAGCUCUUGAUGCUCCCUUCAGAUACAUCCCUUCAGCCACAAAGGUGGGCUUGGGCUUCAAGCUGGCACCCCAGGAGGGCAUCAUUGCAGCAGGUGGGAGCCAGACUCUCCAGAUCUCCUUCAGUGACACCGUGUUGGGGAGGUUUGAGGAAGAAUUGCGGUUCAGUGUGGCUGGAUCUCCUACGCCUGCCAUCCUGACCAUCAGGGGCAGCGUCACUGGACCCAGUUUGCACUUCGACCUCCCUGAGCUCGACUUCGGGGACAUCUCCUUUGGCUUUCCCUACACCCAGCGCUGCCGGCUCACUAACAGCUCCCCGGUGCCCGUGACGUUCCAGCUCCGCAUGUCGUUCGAUGGCACACAGCCGGCCGUGGACAGCGUGGAUCAGAUCCGCUGCCACAGUGACCCAGCCUGGAGGAAGGGCGUUCACUUGUAUGUGGAGCCCCGGGAGUUUACAAUCACUCCCAGCCAAGGGACCAUCCUGCCCCAGGGACACCAGGACAUCCAGGUGACCCUGUGUUCCAACUCGGUGAUGGAGUUCUAUAGGAAAAUGCUGGUGGAUCUGGAGGGUUUUGGCAAGGGAGUGGCAUCACUGCUCAUCACAGCCAGAUGUCUCGUUCCAAAGCUGCAAGUGUCCCCCCAUGUGCUGCAAUAUGAUGAGUGCCUCCUGAAGGUGCCAUACGAGAAGAAGUUCCUGAUUAGGAAUCCCAGCCACCUGCCUGGCUGCUAUGGGCUCAUUGAACAGAAACGCAGGGAGGACGCUGCUGUGCUCUACUCCAGCCCCAAGCCCUGUGGGAUUGUCCAGCCUCACAGCACUGCAGAGAUCCCAGUGCUGGUGGAAGUGCAGGCGCUGGGCACGCAUCGCACCAAUGUUCUCAUCGGCGUGUUUGGGGAUGAGAGAAACCCACUGAGGAGGGCUUCUCCCCACCAGAGGAACCAGUUGUUUAACUGUCAGCCUGGUCUGAACUAG